AAUGAAGAAAACUAUGAAUCAUCAUAGCAUAAGCAAGCCUAAUCGAGAGUAUUUUUAUGAAAUGGGUGGAAAAGAUGGGACUCCUCCGACAAUAGAUAAAGUGUUCUUUGAGACACACAAGAGCAACGGUGAAAUAAAAGAACAUGCAGCAAAAGAAAGACAUGCUGGACUUGUUGAAACCUGUGAAGCUAAUCCAGAGUUAGAUCCAAUAGAGUUGGUAGAGAAGUUCUAUGGCAAUCAAAAUCAUGGACACAUAAUUGGUUUUGGAGGUGGAUUGAGGCCUAAGGACUUGAAGGGUUCAGAUGCAUUAAGCAGGGCAGAAUUGGCAAGCAAACUAAGGGACUCUAAUGGAGAGAAGGCAGACAUAGCAGCUAUAAUAGCAGAGCAGGCUAGAACCAUGAUGGAAAGGAUGGAUCAAAGGUCUGGCAGUCCGGCCACUAAUCAAAAUGGUCAAUCUUAAGUAUGGUAGUGUGGAGUUGGCUUUGAUGGGAUUCAUGACACCAGUAUUUUGCUGAGAUUUUGUUGUUAGGAGGAGUUUUAGAUAUUUGUUGUAAUCUUGUGAAUGAUUUUGGAUGGGUGUCAUGUAAUAGUUGAAUAGUUUUUGGGAUG